AUGUAUCAUCUUGAAUCAAACGAACAUGCAGACUACAAAGGGCCGGACUCGGGAGAUGCUACCGCCCCUUCUGACAGGGACGACAACCACACACAGUCGCCAUCUGAACGUCUCGAUUCGAAUAGUAUUGACUCCGGAUACUCUCAUUCACAUCCUCACAUAGCCCUAGAGGCACACUGGUCGGAGGACGAAUCGAGUAACAGAGUCUCAGAGAGACAGCACAUUAGCUCUGUUCAAGACUCUGAGAUGCAUCUUUCGAACAUCUCAUCUUCUAUCACCCAUCCGACCGACUACUGCCUCUUAGAAGCUGGAUCAAUAGAGCGAGAGCAAAUAACCGAUGACGCACUCGAAGCGGCUCUUACAGGCGCCUCGGUCUACCGCAAUGUCUCAGCUUGGCCAUUCAAAGAUCCUGCGGAAGCAAAGCUCAUGCGCUAUUUCAUAGAGAAGGUUGCACGACGCUUCGAUCUUUGCGACCCCGACAGACAUUUUGCAUUAGUGGUUCCAUGGAGAGCAGCUUUCUGUCCGCCUUUACUGGAUGCGUCUUUGGCAUUGAGCGCGAGAUGUCUCAGCCGGACAACGGACUUUGACCCGUUAAUAUCCAACAGAUAUUACCAGAGGUGCUUGAAAGCUCUGAUUCCAACUUUUGAGAUUGCGGAUGCGCUUAAAAACCAGGAUCUGUUUGCUGCUGUUGUUCUACUCCGGACCUUGGAAGAGAUUGAUGGCCCGCUAUCUGGCUCUAAUUCACAAUCACAUCUAAUAGGGGGUCAUCUCUUUGCAAGUGCGUCAGCCUCUGAACUAGCCACCUCAAUGUGGCCCGCCGAAGAUCCGGGGGAACCUGAUAGACUAAACAAUCUACAACAUGCCGCUCUUAUGGUCGCCUUUCGACAAGAGGUCUACACAGCAUUCGCUUGCCAGAGGCCUGUCCUUCCAACCUUCUACAUCCCACCGAUCGACCGCUGUCUUGACAAUCCUGCAGAUGACGGAACCUGGACUUAUCGGAUCAUGAUACACCUUGUUGACGCUCUGAAGUUUUGUUUGGGCGAUGAACCUAUAACCCUAGAAAGGUCUAUACGAAGGCACAGUCAACUAUUAAGCUACGCAGAAGAGUGGUAUGCCAAGAAGCCGCGUAGCUUCAACGCUCUCUUUUACGGAGAGAAUAGCCAGGCUGUAUCUAACAAUCACAAGCGAUUUAUUGCUACAGAAAUUUGGAUCCUCAACGAUGCAGCGGCAACAGGACUGCUCAACUAUCACCUCUUGCGAAUCCUUUUACUGUCCUUCGAUCCACACAUUCCGCGACUUGGCCCUUUACGAGCGCAAUGUCUCAAGAGGCAGGACGAGGAAAUCAAACAAGAAGUCAAGAUGUGUAUUGGACUAGCAGAAGGAAACGUGGAAUGUGCCCCUCACUUUCUUCUGGCAUCACUUGGAAUCGCUCUGGUUGUGGAUAGAUUUCAGGAGCAAUGGGAACAGGAGGACCUAAUGAAGUUUCUCAAAAGGGCUGAGACCUUGCAUGGAUGGAGCACUUUGACUGCUCAAGGGCAUCUGUCCGGAAAUCAUGGUUAG